UCGAGGUCGUCCGUCUCCAGCGCCACAGUUGCCGCACCCGGGCUCUACGACCUCUCUCGAGGCGAGGGACGUGUGCUGGCUGGCACACUGUCUUCGCCUCCGCUGCGUGUGAUCGGGCAUUGGAGAUGCGAGAUACGCCGUAGCGGUUCGUGAUUAGAAUGCGUCUGCUGUGCUUUCGCAUCUGUCAAUCUAUCGCGACCAAAUGUUGCCCAGAGGCGACUUCGCACCCGGAGGCUCCCUCCCGUACGAGCGAGCAUGCGUUGCGGCUUCGCCGACGUCGCGCAAGCUCUUCUCUAUGUUGGGCCGCUGUCUCGUCGCCUGCAUCUUCCGUCGCGAUGCCCGUGAUGAUCAGACGCAGGUUUUGAUCCUCGUGUGGCAUGACGUGCCGUUCACGCGUCUCCCUUCCUUGGCCAUGACAGCCUUCAGUGCCCGGCUCUGCAUGCAUAUGCAGUUUGCAUCGUUCCAGGAGACAAGGAUGCUAGCCUGCCUGACGUGAGAGCUGAGUGUUUUUGGGUUUGGUUACGACUUCGGGCGCUUGUCGUGUCAUGUUCCUCCAGAUUGGGUAGCAUGAGCACCCCCUCACGGUCGGGAUUUGGCCCCCUUUGAAUCGGGCGCGGCAAGGAUGCACAUUGGGCGCAGUCAUCGGCUGCGAACAUGUUCGGGGGAUCUUGAGCGCAAGGCCACGUUGGCCGAGGGCGCAGAGCGUAGAAAGGACGCGGCCUUCUGUCUAGAUCUCGACUUUGAGAAGCUCACUUGCUAACUCGUCGUUUCA